AUGGCCGAAUACGAUCUCACACAAAAACUCAUCCCUCACCUCGACCGACAUCUUGCUAUCCCUCUCCUCAAUCACCUUUCGGAUAUCGCCAUCUUUCCUGCCGAGCAGUUAGCUAAAGCUCAGUAUGACCUCGUCAAAGGGACCAACAUGGUUGACUACGUCGAACAAUUACAAGAACAAGCAAAGACAGGAGAAUCAAGGGAUUUUGCCAAGUUGAGGGAAGAAGCGACAGCCAAAUAUCAAGAAUUGCAGGAGAAGGCUCAACCAGUUAUGAAGAUUGAUAUCGAUCAAAUCAACGCAUUGUACCACUUUGGUCAAUAUCAAUACACCCUUGGUGAUUAUGCCCGCGCUGCAAACUUCCUUUACCACUUCCUGAUAUUCUCUCCUUCCCUUGAUCUCAACAUUUCCGCUCACUGGGGUAAAUUAUCGUCCAAUAUCUUGUCAGGAGAAUGGGAGGCUGCUUUGGUGGAAAUAAAAGAUUUACGAGAUGCUAUCGACAACCCUCACGGAACAUCAAUGGCCAAACCUUUGGCUCAACUACAAGCCAGAACAUGGUUACUCCACUGGUCAUUAUUCGUCUUCUUCAACCUGGGCGAAGGUCAAGGUUGUCAAGGAUUACUCGACAUGUUCCUCUCCCCCGCUUACCUCAAUACGAUACAGACGUCAUGCCCUCACCUCCUCCGAUACCUCGUCGCCGCUGCCAUAAUCUCACGUCGAGCACCCAAGCCUGCUGGUACCCGAGGAAACCGAGAUCAUGUCAAGGAAUUGACCAAAAUCGUUCAGAUGGAGGAAUAUCAAUACUCUGAUCCAGUUACCGGGUUCCUGAAGGAUUUGUUCGUUGACUUCGACCUCAACCAAGCUCAGAAACGAUUGACAGUAGCGGAGAGUGUCGUACGAUCGGAUUUCUUCCUCUCAGGAUUCGCGGAUGAAUUUGUGGAGAAUGCUAGAUGGUUGAUAAGUGAGGUUUUCUGCAGGAUACAUCGAAGGAUAGAUAUCGGUGAAUUGUCCAAGACACUCAAUUUGACUAAUGAGGAGGGCGAGAAAUGGAUUGUCAACUUGAUUAGAGAUUCACGAAUGGGAGUAGAGGCCAAGAUCGAUUUGAAGGAGAACAUGCUUCACAUUACUCGACCACAUGCUACACCAACAGCGACUCUCAUCGAAACCACAAGAGGUCUUGCUUUCCGAUCUCAAGCCAUCCAAUUUGCCAUGCAAAGUAGUGCAGGAGAUUCUCGAGGCGAACGAGGCGAGCGAGGGGAGCGAGGGGAGCGUGGUGGUAGAGGUGGACGAGGUGGAAGAACUCGAGGUGGAGCACCAGCCAGGGAGGAGGUUGCAGCUUAG